CCCAAAUGCUAUCUGGGGAAACGUGCUUCUCAGACCUCCUGCAUUAGCCCAGAAUCAGAGCCCCUCCCUGCACUCCAGCAAGGGAGGGGGAGCUGCAGGCACACACAGAGGUGGGAAUUAGUGGUUCAAGUUAAACCAAACUCAUUAAGCCAACUUCACAUCACAUGUGGAAGGACCCGUGCAUGCACACUGCAUCCUUGAGAGGCCACGGACAGAAGAAAAGCCAAAUCACCUUCUUUUACCUUAAACACCAUGCACCAGCGCAAAAGGAUUGCAAAGGAAGUGGGAAAUGCCCCCAGCUCUGAAAAGCGGGAUUUUACCCCUGUUUGGUCCUGGAUGGUGCAAGAACAUCAGCCCCGAGGGAUAGAGAAAAGCUCAUCUCAAUAUGGAGAAGUGAGUCCCAGGAACUUGCUGGAGUGCCGCCCCUGCCAGGAGGGAUGCGUGACGUGUGUGGACGACACCCCGUGUUUGAUCCAGGAGGAUUGGUCCCUGCGGGCUGCCGUCCUCUCUUGCCAAGCCUUCUGCAUGCUGGCUGUCUUUCUCAGUAUGCUGAUCUCCUACCACUUUAGAAAGAGCAAGAGGAUCCGUGCAUCGGGAGUUAUCCUGCUAGAGACUAUCCUCUUUGGAUCUCUGCUUCUCUACUUCCCUGUGUUUAUCCUGUACUUCAAGCCAAGUAUUUUUCGCUGUAUCGUCCUGCGCUGGGUGCGCAUGCUUGGAUUUGCAAUUGUCUAUGGGACCAUCACCCUCAAGCUAUACAGGGUCCUGAAGGUGUUCCUCUCCCGUACGGCCCAGCGAGUCCCCUAUAUGACCAGCGGGCGGGUAAUGAAGAUGCUGGGGCUGAUCCUGCUCUUGGUGCUCUGGUUCCUGGCAGCCUGGACAGUGGGGAUGCUGGAGAACAUUGAUAAGAACAUCCCGCUGGUGAUCCGCUCCCAGACUCCCCGGGGCCUUCAGUUCUAUAUCUGCGACCAUGACCGGUGGGACUACAUGAUGGUUGUGGCUGAAAUGCUCUUCUUACUCUGGGGGAGUUUCCUGUGCUAUGCCACCCGGACGGUGCCCUCUGCUUUCCAUGAGCCCCGCUACAUGGGCAUUGCCCUCCACAAUGAAUUGAUCAUAUCCACUGCCUUCCACGUCAUCAGGUUUGUCAUGGUCCCUUCCCUGCACCCCGACUGGACGCUGCUGCUGUUCUUCAUCCACACUCAUGUCACGAUCACCAUGACGCUGGCACUGCUCUUCAUCCCGAAGUUCUUGCAUGCAGGAUCACCCCUGAGGGAGGAGAUCGCAGCGGAAGUCUACGAGGACGAGCUGGACAUGAGGCGCUCGGGCUCCUACCUGAACAGCAGCAUCACAUCGGCGUGGAGCGAGCACAGCCUUGACCCCGAUGACAUUCGGGAGGAACUGAAAAAGCUUUACACGCAACUGGAGGUCCACAAGACAAAGAAGAUGACUGCCAACAACCCUCACCUUCAGAAAAAGAGGAGCUCCAAGAAGGGCUUGGGUCGUUCCUUCAUGAGGCGUAUCACCGAGUUACCCGAGUCCAUGUCUCACAAAGAGGAGAAGGACGGGUCCCUCACGGGAGGCAGCAGGAGUCGUUCAGGUUCCUACAAAAGGAGACUUCUAGACUCUGGCAGCUCCAGCAUGAAGAUGAAAGAUGAUCCCUCAAAGCGCAAACCCUUCUCUCUGAGGAAGUCUCACAGCACUUAUGACCAUGUGCGGGACCCCAAGGACAGCUCCCCACCCAGAAGAGAGAGCACCUGCAAAGAUCCCUCACUGCUGGACUCCUUAAUGAGGAAAAAUCUAGCCAAGAAAGCCUCAGAGAGAUCCAACAGUAACUCCCUUGACUCAGCCCCCCUGGUCUACAAGUCUGCCAGUGCUCACAACCUGUCAGCAGACAAAAGACCCCUUCACCCAAAGCCAUCCCCACUGCAGAAAUCUCUCAGUGUCAUCACCAAUGCGAAAGAAAAGGCCCUGCUGCUGCCUAGCCGGGCAUAUUUGGAAGACAGCUACCAACAAACUAGAGAAGAGAAGAAGAUAGAAGAGGGAGCCUCUACUCCUGAAACACAGUGCUUGAGGUAUACAGAUGGUGGGGAGGCUACCAGCCAGACCACAAAGCAGCCAGAGAGCAAGAAUGUAUCAGAAGGGACUCUGAGCACCCUCCUACAAGACAGUUUCGAUAAAGCCGAAGUUUGCCCCUGGGAGGUGGAAGAGCCUGUAUCAGAGAACAAGUCACAGAAACAUGUCACAUACGCUCCAAUAAAGAGCAUCAGCGUCGACAGCUCUCACUUGUCUGGGAGGAUGCACCCUCCCAGCAAGAGGACACCGCCAGAGCCGCCCAUCAGGUACCAAAGCUUGUCUCACAACCUUGAGAAGAGCGAGGCAGCUCCCUGGAACGUCCAGGAGCAAAAGCAGUCUCCUGCAGAUGCUGUCAGUAAGGAUGCAAAAGAGGCCCCAGAGCUCCUCAACACCUGGGAGGUGGAGAAGCUUCCAAGGAAAGCUGAAAUAGCAGACAAGGGAAGAAGUGAGCAGAGAGAAGGCCGUGCACAAAUGUCAUCCACUACAGGGAAGAACAAACUGACAACUCUACCCUCUGUGGCCGCAGAAGUAUCUCCCUGGGAAGCAGAGGCUUGCAAUCAGGAUCAACAUGAUGAGCCCACUGAACCAGGAGACUCCAAGAAACCAAGCACCUCUUCAGCAGCCCCCCAAAAUCUGAAACUUCUGUGCCGGAAAAACUCCUUCAAGAGCUUAGGGCUUGCCAUUAAAGCACUUAACCGACCCAAGGCAAAGAGCAGCAUUAAGGGAAAGAAGGAGGGAGAGGGGAGCCAGAAAAAGAAAGACAGAGACCGAAGCAGUAGGAGAGAUAAUUCCAAAGUGGUAGAAACAUCAGCAGUAGCUAUCAGAGAGACAGCCAAGCAAAAUGACAGAGCCAAAGGGCCCGAUGAAAGCCAGCAGAAAAUGGUCAUUAGGCAAGCAACCAUCUGCCCCUGGGAAGAACAGGAGACGAUCCCAAACCAGCAAAACAAUAAUUCCAGCAAAGUGUUUGAAACAUGCCCAUUAGAGGUAAGCAAAGGGAAACCAGAGGGUCCCCAGGAUGAAUCAGCAUCUAGUAAAGGGAGUGUCAGAACAGAAAGGAGGAGUCUGAAAGACACAAGAGAUACCACAGACAGCAAUCUGGAAAAGAUGAGAAGCCAGUGGGAAAUCACAUGUCCCCAGGAGUCCACAGACUCUUAUGGAGUCCCAGAAAAACUAAGCAAGCCCAAGAACAAAAUCUCUGAUCAGUCCAACAUCGAUCCAAAUGUGGGCAGCAAGAAGGCAGAAGCCCAGCCUCGGGCAGCUGCAGAGGCUAAACCCAGUGUUAAAUCAGAAAUAUGCCCCUGGGAGGGGGCUGGAAUGCCAUCAAAAAAACAACAAGAGCUUUCCAAAGAGGACAGAAGCGUGAUGCAAAAAGCAGCAACAGGUCUAGGCAAAACAAUGGAGAAGGGGAGCAGCCAAGAAUCUGUCUGCCCCCAGGAGAGCCUGGACAUGGAUAAACCCUCACUAAAACCUGGUACUAGAAGCCAAGAUCUAUCUGAAGCCUCUUUAAAGAAACCAGAUAGGCUGGAGAGCAAGAAGAUAGAGGUUAGCCCCUGGGAAACUAAGGAAAUUGAAACCAGCAUUCAGGCAGAAAUAGGCUCCUGGGAAGUGACUGGGGCUCCACCAGAUCCAGGGAAGUUAAGACAGAACAAAGGUGAGGUUUCAAAGGAAAGCAAAAGCACCCCACUACCAGCAGGUCCUUCUACAAGACUGGAAAAGGGGAGCAGCCAACAAGAAGUUGUCUGUCCCUGGGAGAGCCUGGACAUGGAGGAAUUGUGUACAAAACUUAAAGCGCAAAGUCCUGGUCUGAGUAACGCAGCUUCAAAGAAAUCAGAGAGUGUUGAGAGCAAAAGAGCAGAGAUUUGUCCCUGGGAAAUGGAGGAGGAUAAUAUCAGCAUUAGAAAAAUGAAUUGCCCCUGGGAAGGGAGGGAGUCUCCAACAGGUAAGGGAAAACUCGGAAAGAACACAGGUGAGGACACUAAAGGGGACCACAGAGACGCACUGAAAAGGCCGAGUCCAAGAGAAAAAAAAUUGCAGCUGAUGAGCCAGCAAGAAGCUAUCUGCCCAUGGGAGAGCACAGACAUGGAGGCAUUGUCUGCAAGCCCCCAGACACAAAGCCCUGCUCUGAGUAAAGCAGGGUCAAGGAAAUCAGAGAGUCUUGAGACCAAAAGGGCAGAGGUUUGUCCCUGGGAAGUGGAGGAGGCAGACUCCAAGGCUAGAGCAGAAAUAUGCCCUUGGGAGGAGAGUGAGACUCCUUCUGAGAAAGGAGUUACAAAACCAGACAAAGAGAGACCUUUCAAAGAGGAGAAGAGCAUCACACCAGAGGCAAGAGGUCCCUCUAAAACCAUUGAGAAAGGGAGCAGCCAGCGGGAGGUCAUCUGCCCUUGGGAGAGCCUGGACCUGGAGGCAUUGUCUGCAAAGCAUGAUGCACAAAGCCCUGGUCUGCAUAAGGUGGGGUCAAGGAAAUCGGAGAGUAUUGAGAGCAAAAGGGCAGAGAUUUGUCCUUGGGAAAUGGAGGAGGUGGACUCCAGGGUUAGAUCAGAAAUAUGCCCCUGGGAGGGGAGUGAGACCCCAUCAGAUAAAAAAAAGUUAAAAUGGCAGAUAGGUAGAGCUUCAAAAGGGGAAAAGAAAGGAUCUAGGGGAAGUGAAGACAUAACUUUGAAAAAGAAGAAAGGGUCCAGCCCUCAAGACUCAACCAGCUCCUGGGGCAGCCUAGACACAGAGGUCUCCACCAUCAAUCCCAACAUAAAAAAAACACAUCAGUUUAAAAUCCCUUCAAAGAAGUCAGAGAGUGCUGAGAGCAGGAAGGCAGAAAUUUGUCCCUGGGAAAUGGAAGGGGUUGAUACAAGUAUUAGAGCAGAAAUAUGCCCCUGGGAGAUGGUUGAAAGUCCAUCAGAGGAAAGAGAGAGAAAGCAGGACACAGGUGGAGCUUUCAAAGAAGACAAGAGCAUCACAACACAAGCAGCCUUAGCAAGUUCCUCUACAGCACUGGAGAAGUUAAGCAACCAACGAGAGGCCAUCUGUCCCUGGGAGAGCAUAGACAUGAACGAACUUUCAGUGAAACCAGGGUCCAGAAACUCUAUCUUGUCCGAAGAUGCCUCCAAAAAAUCAGAAAGCCUUGAGAGCAAAAGGGCAGAGGUUUGCCCUUGGGAAAGUGUAGAGCUGGACUCCAGCAUUCAAGCAGAAAUAUGCCCCUGGGAAGCAUCUGAAGUUCAAUCACAUAAAGCAAAAUUAAAAAAGGAUAAAGAUGGAACUUCCAAAACCAGCAAAGACAUCUCCCCAAAGACAUCCAGGGCAAAGGAGAUUGGGGGCAGUACAUUGAAAAAGCCAGAGAAGGGGGACAGUGAGCAAGAGGCCAUCUGCCCUUGGGAAAGCCUGGACAUGGAGAAAUUGUCUACAAAACUUAAGGGACAAAGUCCUGGUCUGAGUAAAGCAGCUUCAAAGAAAUCAGAGAGUGUUGAGAGCAAAAGAGCAGAGAUUUGUCCCUGGGAAACAGAAGAGGUUGAUACCAGCAUUGGAAAAACGAAUUGCCCCUGGGAAGGGAGGGAGCCUCUAACAGGUAAGGAGAAACUUGGAAAGAACACAGGUGAGGACACCAAAGAAGACCACAAAGACACACUGAAAAAGCCAGAUUCAAGGAAAACUGGAGGAACCACAUCUAAAAAACUGCAGCUAAUGAGUCAGCAAGAGGCCAUCUGCCCAUGGGAAAGCACAGAUAUGGAGGCAUUGUCUACAUACUCCUGGGCACAAAGCCCUGCUCUGAGUAAAGCAGGGUCAAGGAAAUCAGAGAGUCUUGAGACCAAAAGGGCAGAGGUUUGUCCCUGGGAAGUGGAGGAGGCAGACUCCAAGGUUAGAGCAGAAAUAUGCCCCUGGGAGGAGAGUGAAGUUCCUCCUGAGAAAGGAGUCACAAAACUGGACAAGGAGAGAUCUUCCAAUGGGGGCAAGAGCAUUACAAAUGUAACAGGUCCUUCUAAAACCAUGGAGAAGGGGAGCAGUCAGCGGGAGGUCAUCUGCCCCUGGGAGAGCCUGAACAUGGAAGAAUCCUCUGUACAACCCUGCCCUAAAAACAGAGACUCAACCAAAGGCUCUACAAAGAAAUCAGUUAGUGUGGAUAGCAAAAGGGCAGAGGUUUGUCCCUGGGAAACUGAGGAGGCCGAGUCCAGCAUUAAAAGCAAAAUUUGUCCCCAGGAAGUGACUGGGGCUUCUUCAGAUCAA